UUUUUGAUCUCAGAGCCAGAGGAGUACGGUCGGAUCGAGAGAGAUGGCCCCUGUUAAACUGAAGAAUGUUGUUUCAUUCAGCUCUCAAGAUACAGAUCAUUGUGCAAAAAACCUUCUAGAAACUAAUCAAUGGAGGCGUUGGUUGUGUGCUCCUGGUGAUCGAUCUGGGUCAGUUCAAGCAGAGUUUCAACUGGAGAGAGCUGUUAGGAUUGGAUUCAUAGAUAUUGGGAACUAUGGAUCCGCAUUGAUUGAGAUUCUUGUGCGUCGGUCAUCUGCCUCUGAUGAUCAGUUCAAGACUCUGGUACCAACGACAAGCUGUAUGACACCCAUGGAUAGUAAACAGGGCAAGAACAAAACAGGUGUCAAGAUGUUCUCUAGAGACCAACUUUGUGAGGAUGCUCGUGAUGAGUACUGGGACCGAAUCAAGGUGGUUUGUAGACAACCCUUCAAGAAAGAUGCUCAGUUUGGUCUUGCAUUCAUCAAGAUUAGUUCCAUUGAGGAGAAAGAGAAUGUCGCUGAAGAUAGACAGCCGCAUGUCAUGCAUACAGAGAUAAAGAAGCCGGUCCCGAAACCUAAGCCUGUUCAGAAACAAGAAAAGGUCUCGAUCCUUUCACCAUCUUGGAAGUCAAAUGCUGCAUUCCAGAAAAAAGUGAAUGCAAUCAACCCUGGAGAGAGUAGUGCAACAUUAGACCUUAAAGACAGGCUUGUCAGGAUAGAGUCUACCUCAGAGUCUAAGUCUCAGAGUGGACACUCCUUGGGAAGAGCUGCACAGAUCAUCUUAGCUGCAUCGGGAAAAAGAGCACCCUCAUCGACCUCCCAGUCUUCCAUCAAUAAUGAGAACUCCUCAACAUCAUCGGGAAUAACCAUACCAACUGCAUCACUUUCAACUCCUCAACCACCACCUUCUUCAUCAUCAUCAACAGGCACCAAGAGAGGAAAAGGAAAGAACAAGAUGUCUGUCUUGGAGCAGCCACCUGAUGAUGCAGCUAUUCUCCUUGAGGAACAGGUCAAGGAAUUUCUGUCCCAUGUAGGCCCCGCAUUAAAGGAUGCUACUCUCACAGAAUUGAGACCCAAGUUUGAGAGUUGCCUCGGCCGGAAACUAGUAAAGAGCGAGAAAGCAAUCUUCAAACGAUUGGCCAUUCAUGCAGUAGAAGCCUUAGAUGACCCAGCAGGGACCGAUAUACCAGACAUUGGACUGAGAAGGACAAGCAAGAAAGAGAGUGGAUGGCUACAAGCCAAGCCCACCCCUAGUAUACCAAAUGUUGGACCAUGCAGUAAGGAUGCCAGCUCGCUAAAUAACAGAUGGUCACAAGCUAAUACCUCAUGGCCAAAUAUACCAAUCUCUGGACCAACUAGGAAUAGCAAGAACAAUGGAUGUUUACAGUCAUCACCGCCUUCUGCUUCCUCAAGCCCUCCUGUUAGGGACGAUAUCAGGAUCCCCUAUUCUGGCAUCAAUCCUAAAGACCCUGGGGACAAAGGUCGUGACCUUCCAUCUUGGAUGAACUCCCCUGCUCAAAGUGGUGAGGGCAAACCCUGCCCCAAAUGUGGAGGGUCGUUUCCUGCAUCUCGUAUGAACGUGCACAUCUGGGAUUGCCGAGGGGAACGAGAAUCAACGCCAGUUAGAUCAUCACAAAGUCCUGCAACCCACCUGAAACGUAGAGCCAACAGUCUGAUCCAUGAACAUCUCAAUGAAUCAUCAUCAAAAAGGCAAAUAGGUGGUGGGAUAGUUGGUGGAGGAGUUCCCAUGGCAACUGAUAAUGCAGCAACAUCAUGGAUAAACAAUGGGGAGGAAGAUAUGUGGACCCCAAGGAGAGGUGGGCGAGGAAGUAAGCGUGGUUCCAAUGGUAGAACAGGAAGAGGGCGUGGUGGGAAGAACAAUGGUCAAACAAAUGCCGCCUCCACCCCUGGACGAGGGCGUGGUAGGGGUAUAGGGAGGGGGAGAGGUAGAGGUGGUACAAAAUCAUCGACCAAGAAAGGAAAGAAGGCUACCUCAGUAGAAUACGUUGAUCCACUCUCAAGCUCCGACGAUGAAGUUGAUCAUAUGACACCCUCAACUUCCGUUCGAGGGAGGGGGCAGAGAAGAGGGCGUGGUCAGCCCAGGGGUAGGGGACGAGGUCGAGGACAGGCUAGGUCACCUGCAAAUGGCUUACCGAAUCCAUGGACCAACUCACCUGGAAGCUCUGAUGUCUCUGACGACAUGGACACCUCGUAUCAUGAUCCUCAGCCAGGAAUGCUCUUGGACAUGGUCUCCUGUCCCAUCUGCAACCAGGAGUUCCCUCAGUGCAGCAUAGAAACCCAUGCAGCAUUCUGUGGGGAGUCCGGAGGAGGGAUGCAUGGUGGUGGGCUGGGAUUGGGAGGCUUCGGUGCACUAAGUGGGGGUUUUCUCAGGGAUGUUGAAGCUGCUAUAUGGGUCGACUGAUCAUGAAAAUAUGGAAAGGGACAAGUUUUAUCUCCUUGACUGAUGUCAUUUGAUCAUGUCUUCAGGUGGGUGGUUUAUAAAGCUGUUCGUAAGAUACGAAUGACUUUACGCACGACUGGUGAUCCUUUUUUUGUGCCAUGUGAUAUCCCUAUGUAAUUGAAUAUGUCCUAAGAACUUGUUCCAGUCGUGCGUAAAGUUGUGCGUAACUUUACGAACAGCUUUAUGAAACACUGCCCAGGUAUUAAGUAUUUUGUAUUCUAUUUGUAAAUAGAACAUUUGUCAGUAUUAAAGUUUUUAGCUUUGAGUAUGGAAAGAUGGCAUUGUCUGGAGGACAAUUUGCUGAUACUAUUUUUAAACUCAAAACUUGCCAGUUAUUUUGUCUUAUACCGUAUUGAUGAACCAGACAUCUGACUGCCGUGCCAUAAAUGAAAUUGUAAAACAUAAAGACUGUAACCUGGGGCCCGUAACACAAAACUCAGCAAUGAUCGUAGAACAUUUUUUACAAUUGAUUCCAUUGACUACAAUGUACAAUCAAUGGUAUAAAUCAUGCGUAAAUCAAUUGCUUGCCUUUUCCCGUAACACAAAGGUUAGCCAUUGAUCGUAUGCUAGAUUUUUACGAUUGAUUGUACAUAGUAGUCAAUGCAAUCAAUCAUAAAAAUUUGUUCUACGAUCAUUGCUAAGCUUUGUGUUACGGGCUCCUGUGAUUGUAUACAGUACGACGAAGCUCAGCAAUAUUUAUGUGUUCAAAGUCAGUGGGGUAUAUGGGUAUUAAUAAUGUUGCAAGAUAAGAGACAAGGUGACAAGAAAUUAGUGAACCAAUCAAACUCAAUGCAAAUUAGCUUGUCCACAAUUGCAUGGUCAAUCAUGUGGGAGAUUUCGUCCCACCGUGUUUAAACAUUCUGGAAAAUGUUGCUGAGCUAAAGUUGUCACACUGUAUUUGAACAAAAACUUAUUUUGGGGGUACAUUUACGCAGUUUAUAUUUACUAUAACUACAAGCAGAAGGUCUAAUUCCCACAUAUGGACUAAGACCAUUUGGUAUCUUAUUAAUUUGGUCUAAUUGUUGUUUGGUCUACACUACACUUGGUCUAAUGCCCACCUAGUCUAUGCUAAGUUGGUCUAACUUCCAAAUCUUUUUUUUUUUACUUUUGAAAAUGAAUAUUUGGUUCAUAGAGAGUUCAUCUAACCAUAAAUACUAAAAAGUGGAUAUUGGACAAAAUGGUAUACAGUAUAGCUUAAUUGGAAAUUAGACAGAAAUUGUAUUAGAUCAAUUGGUUAGUAGGUAAAUGGUUUUAGAUGAACCAGGAUUAAACCAUGUGGGAUGAGACAAAAUGGAAAGUAGAUGAAGCAGGCGUAAACUAAUCAGCCAUUUACUCAUUGCUAGUUGUUAACUUCUUCUAUUUUGUUUAUUUAUAUUCAUGUAAAUGAAUAUGUAGUGUGAAAUCAACAUUCAAUUCUGGAAACGCUUCCAUUAUUCAAUUUGCACCAAACAUUUAAGUGUUCAAAUUCUGCCAUCUUUUAGGUAUGUAAUUGUGAAGUCAGGUGAUGAAAUAUUACAUUCAAUAUAGUUUGUUUCUCUGGGCUUGCCUUGCUGGACAUUCUAGUGUUGUUGUCUAUGUUCGACACUUGGCAUGAAGGAGUGCAUUUUCUGGUGGGGUUCACUAAAUUUUCAGCACCACUGCAUUCUAGCAAAUGAUCAAACAAGACCCGGGACCCAUUUGGCGGCUAAAUGAGAUACCCCAAAUGUUUCCUUUUUUUGGAGUAGAUUUCCUACUCAACUCUAAUAAUGAACUUUCCAUUCAGGUUUUCAAAGGUUUUGAUAUGAAAAGAUUGGAUAUCAACCUAUGAGAAAUGAAAUGAUUUAGAAUAUGAUUUGGCACCAUCUGUGAGUUUAGUCCUAUGACAAUUUGCAUAUAAAGACUCGCCUCAAACCCAACCCAUUCCCAAAUCAUAUGACUAAGAACCCGGUCUCAAUCAUAAGACUAAGCCAAAUGAUAACAACUUGCCUGUGGUAUCAACAUUUGUUGCUUGCAUUUUUCUCUGCUUAAUAUCUUUAUACGCCAACCUCGUAGACUUAAGACAAUAUGGUAGUCUAGAAAACUCUAAGUACCUAUGCAGAGUCUUUGUAGACCCUAUGUGAUGGCAAUAUUGCCCUGUAUCAGAGGGAGCGGAACAUCAGGCUCGGACAAAGAAAGGGGAGGGGAACCUUUUGUCUGCCAAACAAUAGGUGCCCUUCCACUUUCAUUGUUUGAGCCUGAUGUUCCACCGCCUCUGCCCUGUAUUGAUGAACAUAAUUCUUUGUAUUAAGAAAAUACAUACAUAUAUAUGUAUAAAAAAGUGUUCUACAAAAUACACAAGGAAUCUAUCAUUUCAGGCUUUCAGCAAAUGAUAUUUAUUCCAAUAACUCUAUCAUAGUUCCAUGUAUAUUAAAAUAGUUUUCUUCAGAUAAACAUGUUUACCUUUCUACCAAUUGUAAAUACAUGUAAUAUUAAUAUCUUACAUUUGUACUCUUAUACUUAUUUAAUGUACAAUAAAAUGACUUUGUUAAACAAAAUUUCUAAGACAAAUUUAAGUGGUUAUUUUGUGCUCACUGAUAUUUGAUUGGUUAACAGGACAUUUUUAAAUGAUAUGAAUUAUACAUGCUUUAUAAAACUUUUGAACAACAAAGAUAAUCUAUAUAUAUGAUGAAUUUUGUAUUGGCCAAUUUCUUUUUUUGGUAACACCCUAUCAGUGUCGCUUCACCCCCCCCCCCGCACCUGAAUGACAAGAAAUCACAUAAACUUCCAGCAUAAGGUUGUGCAACAAUGCCGAGAUGUAGCAAACAAAUAGCAAUAAUGAGAACUUGUGAAGUAUUAUGUAAACAUAUUUUCUUUGACAUGAAAUAUUCAAAAAGUAUUUAUUUGCCUUCUCAUCAAAAUCAUAAUUAUCAAGAUUUUCAAUUGUAAAGCUGAAAUUUACACUAUCAAAUUUUGCAGAGUAAUUAUUUAUAUUAAUCCAUGAGAUCAAUCAAAACCCAAUGAAGUUGAUCUUAAAAUCAGACUCUUUAUCAAUUCUAAAGUGCUGCUGAGAAAAAUAUAUAUUAAGUUGGACUUAAUGAUGAUCCCUAUUCAAAAACGGGAAAUUGGCCUCAAUGAGCAUAACAUGAAAAAAAAAAUUGAUACUUCUCACAGAUAUCAAACAUGCCAGGUAUAUACAUCAAAUAAAUAAAAGAAAAAUACAUAUAAAAGACUACCUUACACUGGAUAAAAGAUUGGGAUUUCUUACAUGUAUACUUUAAAGUCAUGAUUAUCUCCAACCCUCAUUCCAGUUAGGAAGAAAAUGUCUACAGCCCAAAGUUGUAAAGGAGGUUUAAACUUUUCUGGUUUAAACCCCAACCAAAUUCUUUCUUUUUUUCAGUGCGCACACAUACAGAAUAUGAUCCAAAUAUAUUUUGGAUCAUAUAAUAUGUAUUUACCUGAAUUUUAGAGCACUUUGUGGUUUUGUGCCCUAUUCUGGUUUAAAUCCCAUUUGUUAAGUUAGGCUUGAGUUAAUAUUCCGUUGUUAGACAGAAACCUGUGUUAAUAGUAAAUGGCACAACAGCAUUUUUUCUAAAUACAUGUACAAAAAUAAAAGCUAAUACAAGAUGAUCAUGGAAUGUCAUUUGUGCUAACAAAUAGUGCCAUAUCAGCAAAUAACACAAGAUUGCACAAUAUAUGUUCCUAUUCACAUACCGCUACGAAACUUUAUUCUCAAUAUAUUUUAUAUACGAUUAAAUGAGCGUAGAUUUUUUUAACCCAGACUUAUCAACCAUUCUGAAUUUGGAGGAAAGAAUCUAAAUCUUUUCCAUUCAGAGGUACAUAUGGUUUAUAUGAGAUUUUCCUAUGGGGGGGGGGGGACAUUUUUCCUGUGCACUGCUAUGGGAAAUGCAAUUUCUUUCCUCUUAUAAAAAAACGACAAGUGGAGCACCUCUGGCAGUCUUGUCUGCAUUACUCGAUUCAAUAUAGCAGCAGUGCUGACUUUGAAAAUGACUAUAUAAUUGUUUUUU